GUCUGUCAGUCAGGGGUCAGAGUCUACGUCGUGAGGUUUGGAACCAUUGAUCCGGUUGUACACUUAUCACCAUGGUGGACUUGCGUAGUGGGAAGAGUACUAGCCCAUGCACCCUUGAGCAGCAAGAGAAAAUGGCCGCCUUAGUGAGAGAAAACAAGGAGAGGAAAGAGCUCGAGAAGCAGGUGAAGUUAAAGGCUAUCGCGGAGGAGCAGGCGGCUAAGAUGAAGAGGUUGGAGGAGGAGAUGAAGAGGGUUCAACAGGAAGAGGAAGAGAGGAGAAAGGCUGGUGAAGAAGAAGCAGCAGCAGAAGAAGAAAAAGAAGGAAAACGUAUUGAAGGAGGAGAAGGGAGUAGUGGCACAAAGAGGGAUACUGACGCAAAGAUGGAGAAGAGGAUAAGUGAGUGGGUCGCUAAUUUAUCGUUGGGAGAAGACGAGGAGGCGGAGUCUUAUGUGACUCAGGAUGAGAGGGAUGCGCUAGCCAGUGAGCUAGCAGCAAUGGAGGACCCUAUGGAACGGCGAGAAAGGGAUGAGGAGCAGAAGUUAGCAUGGAAAUUGAGGAUGAAGAGGGAAAAGAAGAGGAGGAGAGAGGAAGUCAACAAACUGACCGCAGAGGUGGCGAAGGUGCAAGACUGUAGGAAAGAAGUCCAGGCCCAGGCAAAUGAUAAGGCCAAAUGGGAUAAGGUAUUGGGGUACCUGGAGGUGCUGAGCACAGCAUGGAUGGAGAAGCGCCAAGCCAGUUGGAGCCAAGAAGUAGCCUUGAGUGCCAUGCGGUCAGGAUUUAGAGAUUUUGCGCGCGAUAUAGUCACUCACAUUGGGGGCGAAGUCAAGCAACUGAGAGACAAUGUGGGGAAGUUUUGUGAGGGCGCUAUCGAGGGCGCCAAAGCGAUAGCUGCUGUAGAGGGCAAGGCCAGGCCUCGCAAGGACCCAGUUAAGCUUAAAUUCCCGGAUGCAUAUGGAGGGAAGAAGGAGGAAAACUUUGACAACUGGGAAGCCAGUGUCAAUAGUUACGUGUAUCUACAGCACAUCCUGACAGAGGAACAAGUCCUCGUGGCCUUUCAGGCCCUUAAUGAUGAGGCGGCUAGUUUUGCGAGGUCCUUUGCGCGCACAGCCGGUUGUGAAAACAACCUGGUUGCAUACUCAAAAGUCACCCCCCUUCCUCAAUUCUUUAAGCUCCUGAGGGAGCGGGUCGCUGAUCCAACGAGAGGCGUCAAGGCCUCUGAUAAGUUACAAACGAUCCACUCGCGACAGUGGAGGAGUGCAAGGGCACUCAAGGGCACCAUGGACAACUUGGUAGUCGUCCCAGACCAUGGGGUCACUGAGCCCCAGUUGGUUCAAUUAUUUUAUCGUGCCAUGCCAGAGCCCCUGAGAGGGCAUUUCUUUGGCAAAUCUCAACAGUCCGGCAUCACUUAUGAUGCAUUGAGUAGGGAAGUGGUCUUGUAUGAGUCAAAGUCCAUGCCAGUUUCCACUUUCUGGCAUAAGGACCUGGACAAGGGAAAAAGGUGGAAAGGUCGUACCAUCUCAGGCCAGGUGAGGGCCAAGGAUCACAUGAUCCUUACUGUAGAGGAAGGUGGUACAAAUGAGGUCCCAUACAGUCAGAUUGAGUGGGGCCUCGAGGAGGAGGACAGUAGCGUGGGGCAGGGGAGGUCCUAUGCUGUUGUCGCGGCUGGAGGGAGGCCGCAAAGUAGAGGAGGAGGCCAAGGCCAAAGAGGCCAGGCCAUGGGAGGCCGAGGACCAGGCGCACAGGGGGUUGGCGGACAAGGGAACCGCCAAGUGGGAGGUAGGGGUCAAGGUCCCCCGCCAAAUCGUCAAGGCCCGUGCCUAGCUAGCUGUCCGGAGACCACUUGUGUUAGCGUCUCUUUAGGCACGUCCCUCACAGGCGUGGCAGAGGAACUGAAGGAGAGGAUGCCAGCGUGGGCCAAAAUGAAGAAGGAGAGUAAGGGACAACUGAUCUUAGUAGACGUAGAGGUGUUUAGAAGCAGAGUAGGGGCCCUUAUAGACUCAGGGGCCACCCGCAGUUAUAUUAGCCGUAGGGCGCUAAAGAAGUUGAGGCUAGGACUAAAAGUCCAAAAGUUAGCAGACCCCAUAGUCAGUGUCCUCGCAGACAACCGCGCGAUGCGUGUUGAGGACUAUGUAGAGGGAGUCCAGGCGUACUUUUGCCUAGAGAAGGAUGGGAAGGUGGAGAAAGUUCUCCAUUCCCUGACUCUCCUCGUACAGGAUGACCUUCCUUUCGACAUAGUGUUAGGAAUGGACUGGGGAGAGGCAGCAGGGGCCACACUCCAUUUGAGAGAGUAUGAGUGUAGGCUCCGUAGUCCAUCAGGCGAGGCUAAGACUGGCCGCCUGUUUCAUGUGUCAGGUGUAGACAACACCUUGGCAGAUUGUUGUCUCAGUGCUCCCACGUUCGCGCGAUUAGUGAAAAAGGAGCAGUUAGAGGACCAGGUCUUUGUAGUUUAUGUUAGACCUGUCACUGAGGCCAAGAAGGAAGACAGUUCCACAGAUCCCACCAUAGCCAAGCUGCUGGAGGAGUUCAAAGACUUGACUGAGUCGCCGACAGGGGUAGUGCCGCGACCCAUCCAGCACAGGAUAGAGAUAGAGCGUGGCAGUAGAACUCCUAAGGGAGCACUCUACAGGAUGUCCCCUAGAGAGUUAGAGGAGUUGCGCAGGCUGUUAGACGAGCUCCUCGAGAAAGGUUGGAUAAGGCCCAGUUUGUCUCCUUUUGGAGCCCCAGUUCUGUUUGUCCCCAAGAAGGAAGGAGAGCUUCGUAUGUGCAUAGACUAUAGGGGUUUGAAUGCGAUUACUGUGAAGAAUGUUGAGCCGCUGCCCAGGAUAGACGAUCUUUUAGAUCGGGUGCAGGGUUGCAAGUACUUCUCUAAGAUAGAUCUGAAGUUCGGAUAUCAUCAUGAUGACCAGUACAAGACUGCGUUCCGGACCAGGUAUGGGCACUAUGAGUUCAUAGUGAUGCCCUUUGGACUAACCAACGCACCAACCACCUUUCAACGUUGUAUGAAUGACCUGUUUAGGCCAUGGUUAUACAAGUUCGUAGUAGUUUAUUUAGGUGAUAUCUUAGUUUUCAGUAAGACCCUCCAUGAGCACCAGGGUCAUCUGAGGCAGGUCUUGGAGAAGCUACAAGAGGCUAACUUCAAGAUCAACGCAAAAAAGUGCGAGUGGGCCAAGACACAAGUCUUGUACUUGGGCCACGUAUCGAACGGAGAUGGCAUUAAGCCAGAGAACAGCAAGAUAGCGGCGAUUAGAGAUUGGCCGACGCCACACACAUUGACAAAGUUGCGGUCGUUCCUAGGCCUAGCUAACUACUAUAGAAAGUUCGUGAGGAAUUUUUCUACUAUCGCCGCUCCCCUACGCAAGUUGCUUAAGAAAGAGGCAAUCCGGCAAUGGGACAAAGACUGUACGUCUAUGCUCAAGAAAUUGAAGCGCGCGUUAAUAGAGUAUCCUGUCCUCAAAGUAGCAGACCCGUCCUUGCCAUUUGUCGUCACCAUGGACGCAAGUCAGUAUGGAAUAGGUGUCGUGUUACAGCAAGACGACGACAAUGGCUAUAGACCCGUAGAGUUCAUGUCAGCGAGGAUGCCCUCUGAGAAGGUCGCUACCUCGACGUACGAGAGAAAACUCUACGCUCUCAGGCAGGUUCUAGACCACUGGAAGCAUUACUUGCUUGGGAGGCACUUCAAAGUGUAUUCUGAUCAUGAGACCCUUAGAUGGUUGAAGACUCAGGCCAAGAUGACACCUAAGUUGACUAGGUGGGCCGCAGAGAUAGACCAGUAUGAUUUUGAGCUCAAUCCAGUGAAGGGCAAGUACAACAUAGUUGCGGACGCUCUGAGUAGGAGAUUAGACUACUUUGGAGCCAUAGUACACUAUCUGGAUAUAGGGAGAGACCUGCAGGAGAAAGUAAAGCAGGCGUAUGCGCAGGACCCCAUCUAUAGUGACCUCCUAAAGAGAGUUAGAGAGGCCCCAGAGACUGAGCCAGAUUACUGCACUACUGAGGGAUUACUAUUUGAGAAGACUAAUGUGUUUGACCACCUGUGCGUUCCCAACAGCGAAGAGAUCCGCAGUUUGAUUUUAGGGGAAUGCCAUGACACAGAGGGACACUUUGGUUGGCAAAAGACAUUAGCCAAUCUGAUGCGUGCGUACACCUGGCCAGCGAUGAAGAAUGACUGCAUAGAGUAUGUUCGCAGUUGUAAAGUGUGCCAGAGGAAUAAAACUACUACACGCGCGCCCCUAGGUCUUCUCAGACCACUGCCUAUUCCUGAUCAACCUGGAGACUCAGUGUCCAUAGACUUCAUGGAUACUCAGGUCAAGAGUAGGCAUGCCAAGAGCCAAGUCAUGGUCAUAGUUGACCGUUUUAGCAAGUAUGCCGUUUUUGUUCCCUUGCCUGCAGAGGAACGUACGGAUUUAGUGAUACAGAAGUUCUUUGACUUUUGGGUUAGUGAGAAUGGAAUCCCGUUGUCAAUAGUUAGCGAUAGAGAUAGUCGUUUCACCAGCCAGAACUGGCAAGAACUCAUGAGAGUCUACGGAUCUAAGCUAUUGAUGUCGUCUGGCCGCCAUCCAGAGACAAACGGUCAGACAGCACAGACGAACAAGAUCCUACAGCAAGUUCUGCGCAUGUACAUUAGACCUGAUCAGAUCAACUGGGACGAGAUGUUGCCCAAAGUAGCUAGCGCAUUCAACAACAGCGUGCAUUUGUCCACCUGUCGCACUCCCAAUGAGCUGCACAAGUCCUUUAGGCCGCGCAGACCAUUCGAAGGACUGAACCGGGAUCAGAUUCACAGGCUACCGCCCGGUACUAGGGAGUUUGCGAUACAGCACGAGAAAGAACUAGCAACAGUUGUAGAGAACCUCAGGAAGGCCCAGCACAGAAUGAUAGAACAGGCCAAUAAGCAUCGUCGCCCAUCGCAGUUUCAGGUAGGCGACUUAGUCUGGGUCAAGGCUAAAGAGUUUGCACCUGAGGAAAACAUCUCGCAGAAAUUACUGCCUGCAUAUAGAGGACCGUGGCCGGUUCUAGAAGUUAAGGGCGGAGAGGAUGGACCGUCCUACACUAGAGAGAUUCCAGCACACCUCCACACAUACCCUGUGUUUCAUGCUUCAAAGCUACUGCCGUGUGUCACAAGUCAACAGUUCCCUUCAAGAAGAUCGAUGAUUCCCCCGGAUAUGGACGGAAGUUAUGACAUCGACGACAUUGUAGAUGAGGAUGUGUUCAGAACAGGAGGUAGAGGUCGUCCCCAUAAACAGUAUAAGGUCCAGUUUGCUUAUCAGGAACCAGAAGACGACCACUGGUUUACAAGAACAGAACUUCUAGAGACAGCUCCCGACAUAGUCAGAGCCUACGAGCACGAUAAGAAGGGUAAAGGUCCUGCCUUGGACUGAAAUAUUCUCGGAGGACCUCGAAUUUAGGACGGCGGGAGUGAAACGGUUUUCACCUCUUAGCAGUAGCAGAUGCAGAUCCCAAGGUUCGAUCCCUAGACCUU